AUGAAUGACAUUCGUCAUGCCUGCAUGUCCUUUUACCACCUGUGGAGAGACCUGAAUAUACACGAAUGGAUUGUGACAUCAGAAACGGGAACCAAAGAGAGGGGUUUAAAGCUUUUUGCGUUAACUGACUCCAACAAUUUCUAUACAGUGGACCUUAUUGUUUACAAAGGCAAAACCACAUUCCCCACUGGUUCUGGGAUGUCUUAUGAUGCAGUGAUGUCACUCAUGAGGCCCUCCUUCCCCGGAUCAGGUUACCAUCUGUACCUGGACUACUUCUUCUCCAGUCCAAAACCAUUCAAGGAUUUAUUAGAUCUGGACUUUGGAGCAUGUGGCACCAUGAGGGAAGGCAGAUUGGGCUUCCCAAGAUCAGAAGAAAAUGCACUGACCAAGAAAUCCCCAAGAGGAUCUUUACGGUGGAUAAGUGAGGGCUCCCUGCUCUUUGAAGUGGAAGGAUGCCCGGGAAGUGUCGAUGGGUACCACCAUUCAUCAAGUGUAUUGCGGGGACACUGUAGAAAGGAGGGUGAAAAACAAGGAUAACAGCUGGAGCUGUAUGUCUAUUCCAGUCCCUACUUCAGUUGUGGCAUAUGCUAAACACAAGGAAAGUGUUAACUCGUCAGAUCAUCUGAUUCAAUACUUUUCAGGCCAACAGGAAACAGUAAGGGGGUACAACAGCUUAUUUUACCACUUUGUGGACAUGGCGACUACAAACAGCCAUGUCAUUCAUACGGAGCUGUGCAAGAAGGAUGGGACUGCACCCAUGACCCACCAAGCAUUCAUAGAAGAGCUUACAAACCAGCUUUGUGGGGUGUCUGUUGAUCUACUAGAACAAGUGAAGGUGAGAAAUGUACAAUUGAGGAUUAAAUCUACACACGUACCUAUCCCUGUCAGGAAAAAGGGUGUUAUAAAAAAGGUAAUAAAGAAGUGCAUACAAUGCAGGAAGAAUGGAGUCACUAUGGAUUGUGGAUUGAAGUGCCAACAGUGCCAGGUAGCACUCUGCGUCAGGCCUGA